GAGGUGGGACGCAGUAAGACAGUCAUUUGGAAUUUCUUAAAUGAACCUGAGGGUUAUGGAACAAAAAAGUCAAGAGGAAGACCCCACCAAAAUUUCACCAGCAGUGAGCUGGAGGAUCCAUUUGGCUGUCCGUCAAGACACUGGAUGAUCCUCGAACCAAAUUAAGGCUGUUACUGGUGCCGACUGCAGCCCCAUAACCAUCAGACAGCAUCUGAGACCGAAUGGCUUCAAAAACAAAAAACGUCUUCAAAGGCCUCGUCUCCUUGAACGCCACAGAACUGACCAUUUGGACUUUGCACCAAACAUGGGACAUUGAAAGGUGGAAGAAAGUUUUAUUCUCUGAUGAGAAAAAAAAAAUUGAUGUCCCUGAUGGUUUCCAACAUUACACGCAUGACAAGGAGAUCCCACCUGAGCUGUUUCUACACGCCACAGUGGAGGGGGCGCCACAAUGGUCUAGGGUGCUUUUUCCUUUUCCCAGUGGAACAAUGGAGCUUCAGGAGAUUCAGGGGUGUCAAACGGCUGCUGGCUAAGUCCUAUGUGCAUGUGGUCCUAAACUUUUGAUCAGCUGUAAAACAGCCUGUUUCAGUUUAUGCACCUUAUGCAGCUUAUGCAGUCAAGAUAUCUCUGACCGGUCAGGGCAUGGGAAAGUGAUCUCUGUAUGUUUUUGUGUAUCGCAGAUCCUGUAGAUUUUGUGGUUGAGAACGCAGUAUGGUAACAAGGUGAGCUUACCUUUCACAGGCAUCAAUGGUGUGGCUUAUGAAUGUCGUUAACUUACUCAAACUAUGAAAAAGACAUGAGCUGCUACCAUGCUGCCGUUUCAGUUAUGAUAGGUUACUGUUCUAGACAUUUAAACUUAAAAGAAUGCCUUUUUCCUUCUUAAAACCAAAGAGAACUUAUGAAAAUUUAAAAUUCACGCUUUUUAAAAGGCAAUCUUUAGAAUUUAACAGAUUAAUUCAGCAUUGUUUCAGCAAACAUUUUUGACGCAAGCCUUGGUUGUGAAACAAGAACUACUAUAUUUAACACAGGACACUGAGAAUGAUUUCACGUGUCACACUUCCUGUAAGUGGUGCAAGAAUCAGUCUCGAAAUUUCAGCAGUGACAAACUGUCCAACCCCCAAGAUCUUACUUCCAUUUAAGGAAACCUCUGCCAGACAGCAACAGCAAUAUUCGACUUUUAAUACACCCUGGAAGGAGACAACAAACAGCUUGGAGAGUUCACCUUUAUACAGACACUGCUUCAGAGAUACAGUAGCCAUUCUGAGGACAGCAAUGACCACAGAUUUUACAAGCCUCACUUUAAUAUGGCUGCUGCCACUGGCAGCAAGCAAUGCAGUGACAUCUAAUCAAACUGAAGUCUUCAGUUCUGUGGUAACUGUAGAAUCAUUCUCUCACAACGAGCUGACAACACAUAGGAUGCCUCAGACAUACCCAGAGAAAAUAACUGCCACGAAAGACACACAACGAAGAAGUCAAACAAUGCCCUCGAAUAUGAUCCUACCUAAUACUAAGACAACACCAGCUCCUACCAGUUCCGCAUCGCCCCACUUAAACAGAACUCCCAUGGAAUCCUUAACAGAAAUACAAUCUACAGCCAUCAAAUCUUCAAUGACAGUUCAAACUGGCACCCCAGCAACGCCUACAAGUGUAACUCCAGUGAUAAUCAACUCAACCCAAAGCCAGAAGGCAUUAAGCACACACGUUAGGAGGCACACAAACCCCUAUCCACCUACAUUUUCACCAAAGUCUACAAAACUCAUCUCUACUACUAACACAAUUACCACACCGGAAGAAGACAAGUCUGAAAGCAUGAGUCCUGCUGCAGGUGAUGAUGUGAAACAUUCCACAGGCUUACACAAAACUUCAACAUCCAUCCACAAUACCAGAAAAACAAAAAUACAAGAACCUUCAGAAAGAAAGAAAACUAACCAUGGUAAAGUAGUGGCUGGACUAAUAGGUGGAGCCCUGUUAGUGAUGAUGGUAGGAUUCCUGAUCAUCUUUAUUAAGAAAAGGAAGCUUCAGAAGCAGCAGGUAUCAACUACAGACUGGGCGGGUCCUUCACCAUUUCUAGAGGGUGGAGCUAACAAUGGCCAGGUAACAAUGAGGCCACCUAACCGAAUUUCUGUAGCCAGCUUUCUGCCUGCGAGACUGUCCAAAAGAUUGUCCUUGCUUCCAGAAACAGAUGAGGAGCUAGAAGACAUGACUCAAGUUACUACAUUUGGAGAUAAAAACCAGGGGACCACAUUUGGCCGAACAGUCAAUGGAAAUGAUGGACCAGAAAGCAAUGGGACUAAUGCAGUUUUUCCAGAAAUGAGAAACACAGUAGACAUAGUAGAGACUGCUGAAAACUGUGUUUCGGCUGAAUCUUCGCAAACUAACAACCCUGUGUCCACAAAUAAUUCAAUCCUCCGUCAAGACCUUUCUGCAAAUCAGUCAAAUCUAUCUGAAGUCAUGGAAAAUAUGUCUGAACAAAUGAACAAUGCCCUUAUGGAAACUUAAGUGAACUUGAUCUCUAAACACAUCCAACAGAUGUAGGGUAUCAGUUAUAACACCCUUCAUUGGUUUCCUGGUAGCAGCAAAGGUAACUACAAAAACAGGAAACCAUCUUGUUAGUGCUUUCGGAAAUAAUUGAGAUUGUGUGAUGUUAACCAUGAUUUCUACAGCAAAACCUGAAGAACAACAUAGUAAGGUUGAAUAAUUGUAGUUUUCUGUGUUAGUAAGAGUAGGAAUAUCCAAAAUAAUAAUCAUACGCUACAUGUAAAAGCCUUUUUAAUAAUCUUGCUGCUAACAGAUAAUAACAUUGCACAGCAAGCAGCUUUAUUUACACUGUGUCAUGUAACAGUGUGAAUAAAUAGCAUACCAUGAUGUGAACAGGAAGUUUCCUUUUUAACAUUCAUGUGAAUAAGAUCCGACUCAUUUCAAAUAUCAUUCAGUUCGCUUGGCCACAUCAAAAGCAAGCUCUGGUACAUACAUGCCUAUCUUAAUAAUAUCCGUUUUGCACAGUAUGGCAUAUACAAUAGAAAAGAAAGAAAACUAAAUAUCCCCCAAUAAAAUUUCCUGUACUUACAGUUGUAUGUAAAAAUCUGGAGGUGCGUUAAGACAUUAGUUUCGUUUAAAUGAAGGAAUAAAAGAUGUCUAUAUCACCAGAAGACAGACACAUUCAGGACCUUUCUGCAAAUGUUACUUUUUAUCUUUAAUUCCAAAAACAAUUGAGCUUAUGUAAACCUCAGAAGCAUAUUUCUCAGGCAGCCUUUUAUAAUUUAGUUCAACUUUAGUAACAGUGGACCUUGUACAACUAACAUAAUGCAAGUAAAUUGUUUUAGCUCUCUGCUCAAUUUGCACCAUCAAAAAAAAUUAAUAAAAAAAAAUUUCAAUAACCUUUUUAAAUUUCUUAAAUAAUUAAAAUAAUCGUUCCAUUGUUCACAAUUGGGUUGUUUCUUUACAAUCACAUUUGUGAAAGACAAACAAAAAACCCUCAUUAUUCUAAUUUUCCAUUUCUGUUUCUCACUUACAUAGUGUGGCGUUUUUGGUCAGCAAUGGACCUAGUUGUGCAACCGCAUUUUGUUUAAUAUGGCAAUACUGAUCAUCAUUUAAGUUCUUGAUUAGAAUGCUAGGUAUUAAAAAUAGUAAGAAAACAAUUUUAUAUUAAACAAGUAUUCAUUUGAUAAUUAUCCAAUACUUUUUGUGGUAAUAAAAUAAAAUACAUAAAACCACACAAAGCUUUCAAAGACUAAUUAUUGAUCGUUGUCUUUACAAGUUAUACUACCACGCCAGAGAAGUAAAAGUAUAGGUGCCACCAUCAUAAAACAGAAACUCAGACUUGACCUGAAGUAUCUGUGUGAUGGCCAUAAUAAGAGUUGCACCAAUUCUCCAAAUAAUAAGGGAAGAAGGAUAAAUGCAUCCUUUAUUGGUUCCUUUACCAUAGUGUACACUGGACCAUCCUUUAAGAAAAGGGAGGAGAAAACACCGCUCCAUAAUUCACUGAGAUGGCCCAUCAGACCAUUCAUGACAAAAAACAACAUAAAAGUUGCUCAGCUCUGGUAAAUGUAAACUGUGAGUGCCUUCCCCCAAUUCAUGGCAUAUCCUCCUGAUAUAUUUUUUAGUUUUUAACAACAGUUCAUUAAAUUCACAGCUAAACUAAGAACCUCACACUGCUGGAAUAAAAACUAAUUCUGGUUGAACUAUUGCCUUGCAUGAAGAACACAGAAUGCUAUACAAGCUCAAGAUCUAUAUUAAUUAAUAAUAGUAUUUAAGGUUCUGUGCAACUGGUGCUAAUUAGUAAAAUCCUUUGUUAUAUUACAGUUUUUAGUAUAAUUUUACUUCAGUAUAGUCUGCUGGAAUAAGUGAUAGACAGCACUCAUAUAAAUCCUUAACAGGCAGGAUGAAAUUAGUUACCUAGUAUCACAACAGUAAAAUAUAACAAAAUAAGAUGAAUUUAAUUUUAGAUGCUACGGGACAGAUUUACUAAGUGAGACAAAUUACUGUGAUGUUGCAUUUGCAGGGGGAUCUAUUAAGAAUGCGCUUUAUUUUUAAUAAAAGAUGCAGCCAGUUAACCGCAGUAAAAACCAGCAUUGGGCCAAGAGCAGCGCAAAUUAGUGGCUCAAAAUUCCAGUUUAAGCUCAGGUUUCACGCAAGUGUUUCGCUCUGAAAACAGCGUGGCAAUUCGGAUAAAUGUGAGGAAGCUGAAAGAGAAUCCUUUUGAUAUAAGAAAAUAACUCCUUUUCUAUGCAAGUGCUUUCUAUCUAUCUAACAUUCACACGCAGUCAUACUCCAAUGGAGGCAUUGGAGAGCAACGUGGGGUUAGGAUCUUGCGAAAGGAUAUUUGGCAUGCAAACUGUAGGGAUGGAACCCCUAACCUUCAGAUUAGCAGAUGACCUGUCCUAAUACCUGAGCUAAGACGUACAGAGAACACAAAACAUUAUUUACCAUCAGAUUAUGAGUCAUCUUGUGUUACUGUGUCAUGUGCAUGAAUGCAUGCAUUGCAGUUUUAAUAGCACAUUGCAACAUUCAGGCAUAAAUCUAACACACUAACACCUAUUUCUUACACAUUCAGCAGAGAGAAGUUGCUUGGUGUGUGCGCAAAGUUCAUUUCUUCUUUGUUUCAUUAAAACAGGAGCAAUAAGUAGGGCUCACAGUCUGAUGGAUGGAUCAGUGGAAACUCUGCAUUCAGAAUUUCUUGCCAUAUUUAAUCUGCAUGUUUAGUUCCCUUGGAAUUUGAAAACGGAUUAUAAUUCUAGUCAUGAUGCUUUUAUUAGCCUGUAAAUGUAUAGUGGCUUCAUUUUAAUCAGCAAAUUCCACAGGUCUACAUAAUUUUUAAAAACAGGAAUUUGCUUUGCUUUUGUUUUGAAAAGAAAAUGAUGCAAAGUGGUUUAUGUAUAUUCAUUAUAGAUAUUAAUGUAAAGGUAAUUUGGGGCUUUUAAUAUUUCCUUUGAACUAUUCUUUCCAGUGUGGUAUGAUUGUACAGAAUACAGCUUUAAGAACUUUAUAAAACAAAAAUUAUGUGUGCAGGAUUUAAUUUAUUUUGGAUUUUCUAUAACACAGGAUCACAGAACACAAACUUUUGUUUGCUAGUUGCGGUAUUUCAUGUGUCUUAUACUAAAUCGAGUGUGCCGAGUCCAAAUCUGUAGUCGGAUUUUGUCUAGGACGUCAGGUUCUGAAGUUAUACACAGUAUCAUUGGCUACUCAUACAGACGGAAAUCAGGAAACUGAUUUUAUAGUCGUUAUAUGGGCACUGUACAUAACUCAAUUUUGCUUCAAAACUGUGAGAGAUUACAAAACUUGUUCACAUUAAAAAAACGUGUAAAUAGAUAGUUCACUUGAGUCUUUAUGGAAUGUACAUACACUGUUAAAAAGUGCUUUAGGCACUUGCUUUUGCGCUUGUGAGUCUCUACUGCUGCAGAAGCCAGCAGUAAUCGCCCAUCAUUAUGGGGGUUGAAGUGUCCUUGAUAUCUUUUCUCCAUGGUGGCAAUAUCCUGGUGGAAUUUUUCUCUAUGUUCAUCACUCACACCACCCAAAUUUGGAGUGAAAGAAAUCCAGACGAGAAUGCAAGAAAUGCAUUUUGAGUCAUUUCUUGCAUUCUUUGCAAAUUCCUUUGACUACGAUGACCUGGAUGACUGAGAACCUUCACAGACAUUUUGAGUCACAUUCAGUAGCAGAGUUGCUGAUACGCUGCUAACAUAUUGCUUACAAGUUCAACGUAGUUUUCAGCCCGAUGUUUGGCAAGAAAGCCAAGCGGCGAAUUCAAGCAUGUUCAGUUUGGAUCUGAAUGUGUCAUCACGCAUCAUUUCGUGGAUUUCAGGACCAACAAAAAUUUCUGCUUUUAGCUUGGUAUCAGUUUGGGUUUUUCCAAACCUAUCCUUCUGAUACUGGAAGCCAUUUCCAUUACGAUCCAUUUCCAGGACAAAUUUUUUCAUUAGGCCUAGUUUAAUGUGAAGUGGUGGAAGGUACACUUUUAGUGGAUCAACUAGUGAUGCAUGUAGCACAUUGUAUCGGCCAAAAGUUUUUUUUUUCCUUUCUGACAACGUAGUAUUUUAUUCUAUUGCAUAUAAUAUUUUAUUAUAUUGCAUACAGUAUCUUAUUCUUAAUAUCUUAUCCUAUUCUAUUGUUUUUCUUAAUUUUUGCUACUGUAACGUUGCACUGUCCACUUUCUGCUGUGACACAACAUAAUUUCCACAUGUGGGACUAAUAAAGGUUUAUCUUACAUAAC